AUGCCCGGAAUCAAAUAUCAAUCACCAUACGUAUGUGCCCGCUGUCUGCGAGGCUACCAGCAACACCAUGUCUUCCCAAUUGGUCCCAGAACCACUUCCCGCCAACUGUCCCAACAUUCGCCACUUCGAAGCCCUCAGCAGGACAACACGGGCAAGCUGAAGGGCAACGAGGACCAUUCAUCAAUCGAAUCGAAAAUACUUAACUCAGCUCCAGAAACUUCGCCCGAAGCUCCCCAGAGCAAUGCGGUCCCAGAACAAGGAGCAAUGUCCCGGCGACUUGCCGAAGCCACCGAAGAAGCUCUCAUUGAAGGCGGUCGCGCAGGCAGGAAAGCCGUCGAAGAAGCCGGCUUCUCUGAAGAACUGAAGAACAAACUCCUCGAUCGCGUAGAAACCGCAAAGUUCCGUGCAGAGAACGCAGCCGCAUUCGCAGAAGCAGGACUCAGCUCCAAAGUCGGACAGGGCUCGCGGCAGAUUGCUACUGGGGAAGCAUGGACUGGGGACGAGAAUCCACAAGAUGCGAUGCUGAGGAUGUUGGACGAUGCGCGGAAGCCGUUGAAAUCGAGUCUAAGGGGGCCGGCAAAGAUACCAAGUCCUGUUAUUGAUUUGAGACUGAGCCCGAAGCCGAAGCAGAGGCCGGGGGAGAGGCUGGCGAAUGCGAGGGAUAAGACGUCGAUUUAUGCUAUCUCGAAGGAUUCGCAGAUGACUGAUAAGGAGAGGGAACAAAUGAGGAGGGACUUCAAGGAGAGGUUUGGGCCUGGGGUUGGGACAAUGCCAAACUCUUUUCGUGGUCUGGCUGCGUUGGCAAAUGAGAGAAUUGAGGAUGCAAUUGCGAGAGGACAGUUCAAGAAUAUACCUCGUGGCAAAGGAAUAGUAAGAGACACUCGAGCAGACAACCCAUUUAUCGAUACCACAGAGUACAUCAUGAACAAGAUGAUACAAAGACAAGAUAUUGUCCCACCGUGGAUUGAGAAGCAGCAGGAGCUAGUAAAGACAGCGAAUAUAUUUCGGGCUAGGUUACGAAACGAUUGGAAGCGGCAUGCUGCAAGGACAAUCGCCAGUCGUGGUGGGAGUUUGGAAGAACAAAUGCGAAUGGCCGAUCGUUAUGCUCAAGCUGAGAGUGUUUAUAACCCAAGGAAAAAAGCUGUGGAACAGAUUUCUCUUCCGUCGAAAGCUACGAGCGAUUCCGUUUUGGUCAAUAUUGUCCAAGAAGCACCGUCAACACCUACUGAAAGCCCUCCGAUUCAAGUCUCGCUCGAGACCAAAGAGGAUGUCAUUGCUUCCACAGAAGCGACAUCUACACCAGCCGCAAGUGGUCUAGAGAACUCUGCGGAAACCCAAAAUGGUGUUAUAACUGCUGAAAGUACUUUACCGGAAGUUCCCAGUCUCCAAAUCCAGCAAACGUCUGCACCAUUACCUGCCCUGUUCCGAAUACCGUCAUGGGAACAAGCAGAGAAUUCCUACCUCACACUUGCUAUCCAAAACCUCAACACCCUCACCAGAUCCUACAACCUAAUGGCGCCUGAUCUAGCCAAGAAGCCAUACUUCUCUCUCGAACGAGAACUCAAAUCAUGCUAUGCAGAUGUCGCACCGCAACUUUCUCAAGCCAUAAAGGAACGGGCGGCGAGACCUGCCAAAGAGUUGGUGGAGAAAAUAGGGCAUAGACCAGGUGGUGUCCUGGAGAGAUUUGCAAGCGAUAAGGCUGUGAUCUAUGAUUCUAAGAAGCCGUUGUAUGGAUUUAAGGAGUUUUGGAGUGACUUGUGGGGUGAGAAGAGGGUCUGA